UAAUAAUAACGGAUUAUGCAAUUAAUGGCUCAAAAGGGCGAAUAAUGUGUGUAGAGGGAAGCAAAACAACAACAAAGGCGAGUUGAUGCACGAAAUUUCUUGUGUCUAGGUUCCUCGCAUAUGGGCAAGGGUUAAUGGAUUCAAGAAAAAACGGGGAGAAAACAUAAUGUUUCAUCUUGACAGCGUCAUGACAUCGAUGGACAGCCUUCGACAUCCCUAUAUUAGCCCUGGAGAGGGCUGUUAUGGCGGACAUGAGCAAUGGCUAUGAUAGGAUUGAUGCAUAUUCGGCGAAUGGUACUAUUCAGGGUUUAUUUAUUUACUUGGUCCGUGUAGAUGCUGGCUUCCUUGACGUAGACUGUCUUUCUUUACCUCAAGCUAUAUCCUCCACGCCGUCGCAUACCGGCAUCAAUCAAUGCAACCCUUACCCCUCUUUCUUCGCCCCCACAAACAACCAAAAGCCUGUACGAUCUCAAUUGAUGCUCCCAAGUCCUCUCUUGCUGGAAAUAAACCCCCCUCAUUGCACCAUGUCGGCUCCGAUCAGCCUUACCCCCCGAUUUGAAAUCCGCCAACUCGGCCCCGAACACCAAGACUGGGCCAACGCAAUCGUCAUCCACAGCAAUAUCUUCUGCUCCCCAAUUUGGCCCAACAUCUACCCCACGGACAAGACCAAACGCCUCUACCAAUCAUUUCGGGCCAGCGACUACCUAAUCGCGCACCAGAUCGCCUCCGGCCUAUCCUACGGCAUCUUCGACAAAGAAUACAAGUACAAAUACCCCUCCUCCAAGGAAACGGGAGGUAAACUGCACUGGGAUCUGAACAAUGAAACCGCGACCCGCGACCAGCUCGUUCAACAGAUGGAUUUCCCACUCGUGUCGGUAGCCAUGAGCUACAAUGGAUCCAGCCCACUGGAUCUCGACCGGUUGAAACCGCUGUUCGAGGCAAUGCCUCUGUUCCCCGCGAUUCUGCAGCGUCUAACCGAACUUGACUCUCGGGGCGAGGUGACGACGCAUGAGGGGGUGUUGAUGCGGAAUGGGACAUCGACGAGAGCGGACUAUGAGGGCCAUGGGUUGAUGAAGCGGAUGGCGCAUUGGUUGAUGCGGGAUGCGGCCACUAAGGGUUUCAAGGGGAUUGAGAUUCCGUGCUUCCAUGAUGCUGUUAUUGGGGUUUGGUCAAAUCCGCCGGCGCCCUUCCGGGGGGAGAUUGUUGCACAGCUCAAUAUAAAGGAUAAAGAGGAGGUGGAUGAGGAUGGGAAGGAGACCAAGCCAUAUACUCAUGUUGAUCAACAGGUUGCCAGGAUUUAUGUCGCGCUUGUUUGAGCAUGUGUUGAUGUGUAUAUAUAUAUGUGGCUGAAGCCUGGGAAUGUGAUGUUAUUGCGUUUCAGCGUUGUUAGUCUUCAGAUAUAGUUUGAACUAGCGGGGAAGCGUUAAGAAGCUAUCGUUGUACUUAGCCCGGAACAAGUUCCUAUCCAUAUACCAACUUAUUGUUUUCACGAGACAUGUCUCUAGAGGCCAUAAUAUACAUUUUGUGUAUAUAGUACAUU